AUGGAACCCCGACGGCGGCCAGAGUACCAUCUGGACAUCUUCGCCGACCUGGCCUGCGUCAAGGAUGUCGUGAAAGCAAUCCUGCACACCAUCUUCUUCCACAGAUACUUCACGUCCAUAUCGCCGCUUACGAGAGACCUGCUCGACCUCACCCUCCCCGCCAUCGACGACGUCGACCUUGAGACGCUCAUCGACCAGCGGACCAUUGCGCUUGUGCGCGCCAUUGAGAGCACACACCAGCAGAGGGGUCGCGGGCAGCUGGUCGUGCAGUUCUUUGAGAAGAGGCGGAGAAAGACGUAUUUCUUUGGCAAGGCCGACGAGGAUGUGUGCUGGGAGCAGUGGACGCUGGACGUGACGCUUGCAACGCCGCGCACAGAGACUGACGUCCUUAAAGUCCGCCGUGCCAUGACCAAAUCCCUCGAGAAAGCCGCACACAAAAUCAUCACCAUCGUCAACCGCGACAAAGACCACAUCCCGCCGAUUACGACCACCGACGCGAACCCGUUCCCCUACCAAGUCGUCGUGAACCCAAAAUCCGUGCCAGACCAGAAUACCUGGGGCCCCAGAAUGGGUAUCUUUUGA